UCCUUCAUUUCAUUCGUCUCCAUCGCGAUUGUCCAAUGCGUUGACAACAACAGUGCUAUUCCGAUAGAUAGCUAUCGCUUCUCUUUCUCUGUAUUAGUUAGAUGGAACGCAAACCCUAAAGCCUAGGGUUUGAGAUGGAGGAGAGUAACAGCGAGUACGAUUCAUGGAAUCUGAGGCCGGUGGCGCCGGAGGAAUCCGGCAUGGGAUAUCCAUACGCGCCUGAAAAUUGGCCUCAGAAAGGGGAUAUUUGGGGAUGGAGAACUGGACGGAGAAUCGUCGCCAAUCGUACCCACUUUCAAGAUCGGUAUCUGUACUUGCCUGAACGGUUGAAGGAGAAGAAGAAAGAGAAUCCAGAGUCUGCCUCUAAGUCACUCCGCAUGCAACACAUCUUCGCCAGCAAGCUCGCCGUUGAACGUUACAUCAAAAACAACUUCCCUGACGCCGAUGUUGAUGCCUUCUUCGCUUCCUUCUCUUGGAAGAUCCCCGCACUACGCUCCAACGACAAUGCAUUGCCUAUAGCUGCUGUACCUCUUCAACAGAUAUCACUUGAAGAGUCCGACCCUAAUGUUGUCAAAUGUCAAGCAAAGAAUAGCAAGUGUCCUAGUCUAGAGUUUGAAGAAGUUGAAAACUCAUCACUAAUGUUUUGUGAGAUCUGCUGCAAUGAAUCUGGAUUUUGUCGUCACUGUUGUUGCAUUCUUUGUAAUAAAACUGUUUCUUCUGUGUAUGGUGGCUAUACUUAUAUCAAGUGCCAAGAGAAGAUUGGUGCGGGAAUUUGUGGUCAUGUUGCUCACUUGGAAUGCGCUCUUCGUAGUUUCUUGGCUGGAAAAGUUGGAGGAAGUAUUGGACUAGACUCCCAGUACCAUUGCCGGCGCUGUGAUAAGAGGACUGAUAUGAUUUCUCAUGUUAAUAAUCUUCUACAAACAUGUAAAGCUGCUAAUUUAGAUGAUGAAAUUCUAAAGAAGAUUUUGAAUCUAUGUGCUUGUCUGUUGCGCGGUUCAGAAAAAUCCAAGGCAAAGGAACUGCUGCGUGGUAUUGAAUUGGUCAUCUCAAAGCUUCAAUAUGGGACUAAUGUUGAAGAUAUCUGGAAGGAGGAUGGGAGUCUUGUAACUUGCGCAGAUCAUGACAAUGGUGUUACGGGCAAUGAGAGCUUUUUAAAUGUUAAGACUGGAUUGAAAUCUUAUGAUUUUCUAGACCUUGAUCAGGUUCUCCAGAAUCUUAAAAAAUCACAGGAGCUUGAAUAUAAGUUGGCAGAAGAAACACUUCAAACACAAAAGACCUAUAUACAAAAUUUGUAUCGGCAACUAGAGAGUGAGAAGAAUCAAUUAGCAUGUCAAAACUCAUCUGGCUCAGAUGUCAUAAGUCACAGAAUGAAACAGAUAGAACAGGAGACGAAGAAAUUUGAAGUAAUGAAAAAGGUAGCCAAUGGUUUUGGCAGCACAUCCAAUGAUAUUAUAAGAGAACACUUUGGCUUGGAAAUCACCAAUUAAAUUGACAAAUCUUAUCUGAUUGUGAGACAAUUUUGAAUUUUUUUCAUAAAUUUUCCAGUCUUAGCAUUGAACUGUAUUCCUAGGCAUGUACCAUUUCACUUUGAAUUCUUUAAAAUCGUGUUGGAUUAUCUGUUAAAAUAAUUUAGGUAGAUGUUACUUCUUUGUUUCAUAUUGAAGAAUUGAUUAUAAAUUUAAAAUUGAUUGAGUUGACUUAA